GCGUUAGGAGCGUCACAGCCCAGUCCGGGCGGAGAAGGAGAGGAGAGGAGAGGAAAAGCAGGAUUCAGCGCAGAGCCUUUUUACAGUAGCUGGCCUGCUUUAAUCUGAAGAUUCCCACAGGGCUUUCAGCCAUCCAGCUACCAUCCGGUUUGACUGGAGUUCAUCACUGACAGCAUUUCCGAGUUUAUGGAUGGUGGAAAUCAGGAUCUGUCUAUGAACAGUUUUUAUUCCGUGACUGGUAUUUUCCAUGUUUUAUCUGCAGCGUUUUGAAUGCUGGGUGAAGCUGAAUCAGGCAGCCGCCAUGGCCAGUGGAUGGAGCGUGGAGCCCGUCGGUUUUAGCAAAGCUAGCUAGCUUCAUUUGGAGAACAUAGUUAGCUACCUCAGCCUAUUUAACGUCAAAAAUAGAGCUCAGAUAGAAGCUAGGGUUUGCUUUAUUUCUCGUUUUAGCUCCAUUUUUACAAGCCUGUGGUGUUACUCCUGUGCUGUAAUUUGCUUGUGUAGCUUGCUGCUACUAGCUAGCUAACUUGCUAAUACGGUCAAGACGUUUUUGUUGGUGGUUAUUUGUCGUGCUCGUGCUUGGUCUUGUUCUCGUGCCUGACUGUUAGACUAUUGUUUUUUUUUCUUCAUUUUUUUUGAAUGACAUCUUCACAUUUUGAGAAAUAAACCCACGAAAAGCUUUGAGCAGAAAGUCGCCCAGCUCUCCACAGACAGCCGGAGGAAUUUAGCUGAGCAGCACAGACCCGUGAAGGAGGACAAGACAAGACAAGGCGCAGUCAUUGCGCUGAUAAAAGAGUUCUUAAAGAAUUAAAGCGUCACUAAGAAAGAAAAAGCCAGAAGGAAGAUUGGGUGAAAGAUGUCUGGUCGGCCCAGAACCACGUCGUUUGCAGAAAGCUGCAAACCCGCCGUGCCGCAGCCUUCAGCCUUCGGGAACAUGAAAGUCAGCAGAGAUAAGGAUGGCAGUAAGGUGACGACGGUCGGCGCGACCCCUGGCCAAGGUCCCGAUCGGCCUCAGGAGGUCAGCUACACGGACACUAAGGUCAUCGGAAACGGUUCGUUCGGUGUGGUUUACCAGGCCAAGCUGUGCGACACUGGAGAACUGGUGGCCAUCAAGAAAGUCCUCCAAGACAAGAGGUUUAAAAAUCGGGAGCUGCAGAUCAUGAGGAAGCUGGACCACUGCAACAUUGUACGUCUACGCUAUUUCUUCUACUCCAGCGGGGAUAAGAAGGAUGAGGUGUAUCUGAACUUGGUUCUGGACUACGUCCCUGAGACGGUGUACCGAGUGUCCCGCCACUACAGCCGAGCCAAGCAGAUCCUCCCCAUGAUCUACGUGAAGCUGUACAUGUACCAGUUGUUCCGGAGCCUGGCGUACAUUCACUCGUUUGGUAUCUGCCAUCGGGACAUCAAGCCCCAGAACCUGCUGCUGGACCCGGAGACGGCCGUGCUAAAGCUCUGUGACUUCGGCAGUGCUAAGCAGCUGGUGCGUGGGGAGCCCAACGUCUCCUACAUCUGCUCUCGUUACUACCGAGCCCCAGAGCUCAUCUUUGGAGCCACAGAUUACACCUCCAGCAUAGACGUGUGGUCGGCUGGUUGUGUGCUAGCGGAGCUGCUGCUUGGACAGCCCAUCUUCCCUGGCGACAGCGGAGUGGACCAACUAGUUGAGAUCAUCAAGGUGUUGGGGACUCCCACGCGUGAGCAGAUUCGUGAGAUGAACCCCAACUACACAGAGUUCAAGUUCCCUCAAAUUAAAGCCCACCCAUGGACUAAGGUGUUCCGGCCGAAGACCCCUCCGGAGGCAAUCGCUUUGUGUUCUCGGUUGUUGGAGUACACACCCACAGCGCGUCUGACUCCUCUGGAGGCUUGUGCACACGCCUUCUUCGACGAGCUCCGCACUCCUGCUCUUAAGCUCCCCAAUGGCCGAGAGAGACCCCCGCUCUUCAACUUCACCACACAGGAGUUGUCCAGUAACCCCUCGUUGGCGUCUAUACUCAUCCCUGCACACGUUCGCAACCAACCUGGAGCCUCCUCUCCCUCUAAUGCCUCCUCUACUGCAGAUGCCAGCAGCGGCGAACGUGGCCCAGGCCCCAACGCCGCCUCUGGAUCCGCCCCCAACCCAUCGACCUGAGCACCACCUGCUCCUCCACAGGCCAAUCCCAUGCUGCUGCUCAUUAACCACGCCCACUUCCCCCAAUGUCAGGGGUUGGGCUAUGAAAAAGAAAGAAAACAACAACAAAAAAAAAAGCUCAUGAUGAGAUAUGGAUGAACCAACUGAACUUUAUAACCUUCUCUCCCCUACCCUCCCAACUCUCCUUGUCAUUUUGAUUAUUUUUAUUGUUGUUUUAUAUUUAUUUAUACUAAAGGACAGGAAGGAUGUCUUUAAAAGCCUCUCGUCGGUUCUCGGCUCGGUUAGAAGAGCAACGGACUGUGGAGAAGUUUAAAUGAUAAUAUAUGUAUACAUGUCUGCUUAUAAAGAGAUACAGAUAUAUAGACCUAUGAAUAUGCUACAAAUUUUGUGCGUCUCUUAUGAUGAUUUUUUUUAAAAUUGGUUCACAGUAGCCUUUGUUGCUGCUUAUACUGAUAUGAAAUGCAGAUUUGAGGCCCCCCCACUGUGGCCCUUGCCUUUGACCCAGGACCCGUGAGAACAAAGUAUGAGGCUGCCUAUCUGUGCUCCUCGAAAGAAAAGAUGGAGGCAGCGACCCUUAGAGUGGAGUUUUUUCAGCUUGUGGAUGAACAUUUUGGUUUAGCGCCUGUGUCUGUGUGCUGACAUAGGAUCAGCAUCCUCCUGCGUAUUAAGAGGGCAAAACUGAUCCUAGAACAGAUGUUUUAUACAUAUCGCUGAAGGUUUGGUCACAAUUAAGGUUAUGUAUUGAGUCGGGUUAGACAGCUGAUCCCAGAUCAACUUUAAAGGGCUACUUCCACCUGGAAUGCGUUUGGCGAGAGCAGAAUCCCCGGGCUUCGUAUGUAGUGGCUUCUUGUGAAUGAUCUUGUGUAUGAUGUAGCUUUUUUUUUUCACCUCAGUGUUGGGUUGAUGCGCUGCUUUUUUCAUUCAGUAUCCACGUUGUUUUUGAAGGAGUAUAGCCGUGUUGUUUUCCUUCUCCUCCACAUGCUAGUCUUCCCAUCGUUUACUCUGUACAGUCUCCCUGAAAUGCUUGUAUGUGCUAAUUGCAUACAAAAUCCAGGUUCAUCAUGUGUAUGUAUGUGCGUGCAUGAGCACGCAUGCUGUAUAUCUACUGUAUUUAAAAGAAAGCCGACAAUGAACAAGGGCAGAAGUGAAAUCGUUUUAAUUGUGAACUAUGGAUGAGCUACUUCCCUAGCCGUAGAGUCCAAAAUGGCUGAAAGAACCGUAGAGGAUGCAGCUGUUUAGUGUGUAAUAGUUUUGGAGUGCCUUUGCUUUCGUGGAUUUUUCUUCUCGUUGUUUUUUCGUCCUGUUCUGUGUCCAACCUGGCCAUUCCUAAUCUUGGACUGGGUUUUAUUCUUUUUUUAUUUUAUAUAAGAAGUACAAUGACUGAUUCAGGCGAGGGCUUCAUUUGAAAUAGCAUUGAGUUCAGUGUAAGUUUGCAUUAGUGGCCAGCAUUCACUAUUAUAGUGAUUGAACUCGAACUGCAAUGGCUGUAACCCUUGCUGAUCCUAGAGUAUGAAAUGGACUGCAGCCGGUCCUUUGCUGCUGAUCAGGGACCAGUUAGCUGGUCCUGAAUCAGCGUGCAUGGCUGACUUUUGUCUCGGAGUCAUGGUAGACCUCCCUGGAGUGCUGCUGGAAAGCUGCUGCUCAUCUGUUGUAUCGUCCUCUAGUUCUUGCAUUGUUGCCUGGGUCAUUUUUGUAGUUUUGGGCCAACGAUGUAUCAAGGAUCAUAUGCUGACUCUAUUACGAAUUUGGCAUUAUAAGUUAGCAUGCUACGUGGUUUGUUGAGCGGUUCAGUUAAAAAAAAAAAAAUUAAAAAAAAUCACAAAACAAUUUACACAAUUUUUCACUCAGCCAAGAAAUCUUUGGUGUGUGAGGCUGAUUUAGCUAACAAGUCAUGCCUUUCUCACCCAAACUCUUCAUAUACUUCAUCUCUUAAAUAAAUGCUUUUGUAAAAUAGCUUGGCGCUUCCUCUUUUACAAGCGUAUUAUUCACCUAAAUUCCAGUACAGUUCUGCCUAUAACUUGUCGGAGGAGAUUCCUAGGGGUAGAAUGAUAUGUUUCAAGUUGUCCAAAAUGGCUGCCCCUAUAAAAUUCAUUCAAAUACACUAUAAGGUUUUGUGCAUUUUCUACAUUACAAUAAGCCAUGUUCCAUGUUGUGUCCAUAACAUCAGCAGUUCUGUGUGACUAGCGGGCACAGUUCAAAGCUGAUAUUUACAGGAUUUUUGUUGGGUGACAUAAGGCUCUGUAUUACAUUAUCCAUGCAGCUAAAGCAAAUAUGACACUGAAUUUCUUGGCUCAUGUUGGUGGAAAAUUGUGCAAAUUUGGUGUUAUUCCAAACUAUUCCUUUAUUGCAAGCCCAAAGUGAGCUUGCUAAACAGAGUCUCGCUUCAUAAUACAUGCCUUUUGAUAUAUUUAAUUGUAUUCAUCAGGAUGCAAAGGGUAAAAUCUGGUCCUAGAUCAGCACUUAGUAUUUAGUAAAUUUAGUGGUUAGUAGAUUUAUCAAAAUAGAGAGAACAAAUGAACUUGUGGCCACGCAACUUUUCCUGAUUUAAUAAUUAGGAUUUUUUUUUGGUAUUCAGUGCUGAGCUAUGGCCAGAUUUUGUUUUCCGUGACUCUCUGCACUGACGCCGAGGCUGCUUUCUAACCCAAGAGCUCGCUAAACGAUGGGAAGAAAAGGAUUUUUUUUUUAAUCUCCCCUUCCAAUGGUGCUCAUAUGUUACUAUCCCCUUUCCUUCAGUCUAGUUUUAUUCAUGAGAGACUUGAUGGUAACAGAAUGACGCUCUUAUUUCGCUUCAGGCAUAACGAGAACUCACUGUUUUAACGACGUACUUGCGUAGGAAGUUUUAGCUGUUUUUGCAGUUUCUUUUUGUUUAGUAUAAUUUUUACCCACUAACCAGUAAGAAAGGGAUGUGAUAUAUGAUGUACGAUGUCAUGUUCUGCAGUAUUACCUAAUCAACUCAAUGGCAAUAAGUAUUACACAAGUGGAUGUUGGGUUUUUAUUUUUAUUAUUAUUAUUAUUUUGUUUACAAUGCUCUAACUUGCGCUUUCAGCAGCACCCAAUCGAUAGGGAGAGAUGUCAUGUAGCACUAAGUACAUAAUUUAAAAAAAAAAUAACACAUUUAAGAGUAUGUAAAUGCUUUUUGCCUGUAAAAUCUACAGCCAUAAAUGUUGCUUCCUAAAUGACUACGGAACCGAUCACGUUUCUAGUGACGUUUUUGUCUCAGAACCUGUACAGGUUGGAUGAAAAUGCUUUAAAAAAAAAAAAAAAAAAAAAAAGAA